CUAAAUUCUCCACAUUUGCACCGUAGAUUGGAUUAGACAUCCGUAAAGGUGGACCCCCCCCCUCCCACUCCCACCCAUUAUAAUGCGAAGACUUGAUCGAGGCCUAUAACUGCAGCGUUGUGCGUACGUAAGGAGCUAGAGCCGAUUCUUUCACUUGGCCAUCGACUCUUGCUUAUUACCGAGUUGGACUUUGUUAUUCUCUUCUCGUCGUUCUUCUUCUGGUUCUCUUGAUAGCUCCCGCCCCUAAUGGUCGGAUCAUUUCACAUAGGGACGAUGGCGGCGGCCUAUUCAUCAUAGAGGAUUAAACAGAGAACAAGCCGCCAGUUUGUCUUUUCCAACAACAACCGAGGGACCCGUUACAUCACCCUCCUCCAAUGAAACUAUAGACUCUCUCUCUCAGUGUGUGAACGAACCCAAGUUGAUUAAUGUUCGCUUAUUAGUGAAGGGAGGGGGGGGGAGGGCCUUCAGGGGUGUUAUGAGAGGAACGUGGCCAUAGGAUCGGAUGGCCGUCUGUAAAGUCGAUCAAGCCAAAAACACACAUCAUCAUCAUCAUCGCACAGCUGAUGGUGAAACGGGAAAAUAAAGAAGGAUGGCCAAGCAGCUGAUUCCCAAUGAGUCGUGAAAAAAGAAAAUGCGGCAUGAAUAAUAUUCUUAUUUUGCUUCUUUUUUCUUCCCUCCCGCUCCUGAUUUGUUGUGUUUUUUUUUUUUUGCUCCUUUUCUUUUGCUCCCGAUAGUUUCGGGGCGGAUGGGAUUGACGUUGGCUGUCAGCGGGAGCUGCCGCUCAAAGGCGAACAAAACAGCAAGAAGCGGAAUAUUAGAAAACCUUUGCUGGCAUUGUAUUGUCUCGGAUGUGUUUCUUGGGUUAUGCUCUCAUCGCAUGCUGGGCGGGGGGUGGGGUGGGUGGAAAACGGGGGGCGGCGGAUAGAUCCCUUUGAUCCCUGACAAUGCCUUUUGCCAGUUUAUCGCACAUGGCUUGAUAGCAUGAACGUAAGUCACUAUGUCUAGCUUGGAGACCCGCUGUAAAAUAGCAGCUCGUCGCUCUCCGCUUCUUGAUGUUUCGACAGUCGAGCGGCAAGCAGCUCAGAUAUAGGCGACGGCAGUCCUGCGGGACAGACUUGGACUGUCACCAUCAUCUUCCACCCGCCCACCCUUUAAAGCCCUGUCAACCGUGUAGAUCGAAGAAGCGGCGUGAAAAAAAUUUUACAGCAAGGAGAGAAGAAGAAGAAAAAAGGAUACAAGACAUGUUGUAAUACGCAGCAUAUUUGACUCUUCAUCAAAGCGAUCCUGACAUAAAAGAGAUAGAUAGAGAGAGAGAAGCCUAGAUCGUACUGUAUUGGCUAUUAAAAAGAAAUAUUCGUCCUGGCUCCUAGAUACUAUAGAUACUACUGUAUACAUGUUUGUUAUUCCAUGCGGAUCAAUCGGCACCCCUACGAUUCAAAGGUCGCCAUCGUAUAAUGAGCUACGGCCAGUAGCACGCUCAUAAAUACGGUGGGUGUAUGUGUUGUUCGACUUGUCUUAUUCUAUUGCGACUGAAUAAUACAAACGCAGCCCCCAUUCACUCAGAGACACACACAACGGGUUGCGAGAUGAAGGCCGGCUCUGGCCUUGCAGUUUCAUUUGUAUUGAAGACACGGAAUCGGGACUACACUAGCAAAAUCGUACACACACACACUAUUAUAUUAUAGUGUGUACUGCUGCUGUUCUGUGCAGCCCAGCCCGGAGCGCAUGUCUCAUUUGAUAUUAAGAUAUAAGGAGCCGGGAAUACAAGAGAGAGAAAAGAUACAGGGAUGGAGAGAGAAGAGAAGAGGAGAGUCAAAGAGCAAAUGCAGUUGGGCUAGCGGGCGAAAUGACGACGUGAAUCAGCACAUCCUCCCACCCACCCAUUGCAACCCUCCCACUGUCUCUCUCUCUUCCAUUCCGGAAAUAGGUGGUGGUGGUGGUGGUGGUGGCUGGGACUGUAUCCUACUUCGGGAUCAUCUCCAGCAGUCGUCCAUCGACCUACCGUCAAGACACACUCACUCGCAAACAGCUCCUGCACGUAACUCUCGCAGAGAAAAGAAAAACGAUGGCCGUCGUCCUGCUGGCAAUCAUUCUCAAUCUCUUGACCGCCGUCACUGCCGAUGGACAAUCAUAUUCCGGAUCGUCCAUGUUCGUGGGGAAAAUGCCAAAUGUGACGGUGUCGACUGGGCGUGAGGCGGUGUUCACUUGCGUCAUCGACAAUGUGGACAAGUUCAAGGUGGCAUUCUUACGGGUGGAUACGCAAACCAUUUUGGCUAUUGACGAGACGGUCAUCACACGAUCCGCUCGGGUCACGGUCCGUCAUUCCAUCGACAAGGACGAGAGUCUCAGCACCGGCCAGCGCAAAACGUGGCAAUUAAGUCUGAAGGAAGUGACGCCUGCCGACGCCGGCGGUUACAUGUGCCAAUUGAAUAAUUUCGAGCCCAUGGUCAGCCAAGUGGCUUAUCUCCACGUCACAGUCCCGCCGGACAUUCUGGUGAACGAGAGCAGCAGUGACAUGACGAUGAAGGAAGGCGACAACACGACGCUACGAUGCAGUGCCAUUGGAUAUCCUCAGCCCAAUGUUACCUGGCGACGAGAAGACUAUCAACCCAUCAACAUCAAUCAAAGUGCCGGAGUGGUGGAAGGAUCGGUUUUGAAUUUAGUCAACGUUCACCGCCAACAGAUGGCUGCCUAUCUCUGCAUCGCUUCCAAUGGAAUUCCGCCUCCUGUUAGCAAGCGGAUCCUCCUCAGAAUCGAAUUUGCUCCGGCUGUCACGUCACACCAAGUUCAAGUCUUCCAGCGGCUGGGCGAUGCACUGAAACUUCAUUGCCAGUGUCAGAGUUGGCCACAAGGAUAUACUUCAUGGACUUUCGAAUCGAAUCGGCUUCCUCCAGAGAGAGCGGUCAUCGAUUAUCGACUGCAAGCAGUCGGACUCGUCGUCACGGACAUGUACCUGACCAUUGCCGAAAUGCUACCGCAAGAUAAAGGUAAUUACACCUGCCAUUGCUCCAACAUUCACGGGACGGCCAAUUGGAGCAUAUCUGUCGAAGGCAUCGCCUUGGAUCCGGUUCAGCAGAGAAGAAUGGCCCACUCGUCGUGGAGUGGCGAACAUGAAGAGGAACAAGACGGGCAAGAAGAUGAAGAAAUGGAAGAAAUUGAACAUGAAGAAGAAGAAGAAUUUUCUCAUCCAGCGACAACGACGACGACGACGACGGCGGCAUUAUCUCGGCGACAAACGGAACGAGUCCAGCUCGAAAGAGUGUCAACAACGGAGGCAACGACCAGGAAAACUAUCGAGGCUAAUCACCAGUGGACACAAGAGCCGACGAAGAGGAACAACAACGGAGCGUUCCCGCAACAACAAGAGGAGUCUGAGCAACAACAACAACAGCACAAGAAGAAAAAGGCCAGCAGUGGAGUGCCGACAUCUUUGACGUCAAAGGCUUCAGCAGCUUCACAAGGCAUUAGCAGCAUGAGCAGCAGUCAUCAUCUAUUCCUCUUGUUGUUCUUCAUUUCGAUCCUGAUCGAUAAUCACCCUCCGGCGACAUGAUGAUGAUGAUCCUUCCACCUAUUUAAA